AAAACACUGCGACUCGAGCGAUUGUACACCGCGCAGAAGUGCUUCAAACUCGUGUUUGAUUUUCGUGCUGAAAAACUAAAAAAUAAGGUGCAAAUACAGUUGGAAAAGUUCCCGAACCGUGCUAAAUUUCCUCGGCAGUGUUUGUCAUCUGUAACAGAACAGUGUCCAUCGGAAAAAAAACUACGAUAGUAGAACUAAACUUUUAAAAACUAAGUGUAAUUUUCGAAUAAACGAUAAACUAACACAAACUUAGUGGGUCUACCCUAACAACGUGUGCAAAAGUUAAGUUAGAAGAGACGAAACCUACAAAAACUAUUCCUCGUGACAGUCAUUUUCGGUUCAUACAACCUCAGUUAGUAGUGAACAACUUGGAAGACAUAUCGAGCAAGCAAGUAGAUUCGUGCACAGUGUCACAGAAACCAGGUGAAACCAGAAAGAGACACAAAAGGUUAUAAAAGCAAGAGCCCAACAAAAAAAACUGCACGCCAGGAGGCUCAGAAAUUGGAGUAUCGAUCUUUUGGCCUUCCCAUCCAUCGCAUCGGUGGACGGACGCGGAGAACGGCGCGCGCGAUUUUUGUCGUGUGUUCAAUAUACAUAUUGUGCAGACUGAGUCGUUGCUCUUACAGAGUAAAACACGUUCCCGAGUGCAAACCUCAGUCACUGGCACCGUAUUUCAGUGCGUCUUUGUUGCCAGAGUUGGAAGUUAACUGUCUUUCGUCGUCGGAUUCGUUGUGUGCAGAGAGAGUGUGUGCCGUCCGGUUUCUUUCAAGUUGGAAAAUCGGGACAGUUUUGCGAACCCUGGGACAUCGUUACUGGAUAUGUUAGUUUGAAUCCUUCACAAUUUCAUUGGAAGCCAUUAAGCAAACAACCAAAGCAAACCACCAAUCGAACCACCAGUGAGUAAUGUCCAGUGGCACCACGAAGUUUCAUAUGCCGCAGCCCCUCGUCAAGCAGGACGCCCUCAAGGAACACCAGUCAGCGACAGUCGGAAGCACCACCGGUGGCGGAACCGUGGUAGGAGCAACCAGCGCCAACAAAGUGGUCAAAGUCUUUCAGAACAAAGUCCAGUACAUUGUGGCCAAAGGAACGACAGCUUCGACCAGUGAGAACAAUGGUACAACAGCACCAGCAGCUGUGAAGAAUUUGGCCACCCCCGCGGAUUAUGUUUCGAGCACAGAGAUGGCAGAUACUGAGGUGAAAGUAGUUAUUAAGCCAACAGCAACCGGUGCAGUCGAUGCGGAAGUGAUCGACCAACAAGAGCAAAGUAUUAUCUCCACCGUUUACCAGCCGCAGCAAACGAAGAAUGGUAACAAUCGACUGUCCUCGCAGCGGUCAUCCCCAGGUUCUUCUCCCUCCCCGCCCCUGCAGCAAUCCGUAACGGGAUCCACGGCAGCCGGAACGAUGGCUACGACGGCAAACCCGAAACUGAGCAACGGUGCUGCUGCAACCAAAAUGAGUAGUGCAACAGCGGCGGGAACGACGCCGGCGGCAGGCCCCACGGUCACGGCCGCAACCGGAAACAACAGCUCACCAAAUACGGCCAAUUUCCACAACUUCAUCGGCCGGCUCAUCAGCAAGGACAAUAUGCUGCUGAUCAGCGAGGACAUCAUCGAGGUGGGCCGGAACUCGUCCAAGUCGCAGGUGGACUUCCACGUGGGCAAGAACAGUUUCGUCUCGCGGAAGCAUUUCAUCAUCCAGCACGACAUAAACGACGAGUUCAAUCUGUUCUGCCUGAGCAAGAACGGCGUCUUCAUCGACAAUGUGUUCCACCGGAAAUGCGCCGAGCCGUACAAGUUGCCAAAGGUUUGUAGCAUUCGAUUCCCAAGUACAAAUAUCAAGAUUCAGUUCGAGAAUCUGAUCGAUCAAGCCAACAACGGGGGCAUUUCGAUCGACCUGAACCAGCACACUCCGAUCAAGGUGGGAACCGGAUCGGGUGGCAGUGCGGCAGCGGCGGCAGCAGCAAUCGCCGCGGUCGGAGGCAAUCUCAGCGUGGGUGGCACGACGACCGCCGCCGGCGACAAAUCCCCCUCGUCGAAUGUCGUUUACUCACCGCUCAAGAUCUCCAUCCCGGAACAGAGUGGUUCGAGCAAUCCCAACCUAGCGGUGGAGAUCCGUGGCCAUUAUGCCGGAGGGGGUGGUGGUGGCGGUGGCGGCGGAGGCGGACGAGACAACAGCAUGCACAUCAGCGGCAGUGGGUACCCAUCGCCCACUGGUACCAUCAGCGCGGCCAAUAGCUGCCCUACGAGCCCUCGGCAAAACACGCACGAGUUCCCACAGUAUAGUCACAAUAGUCAUAGUAGUAACAACAACAAUUACGUCGAAUUCCAAGCACCCGCAUCUCAAUCCAUGGCCGAAGGUGACAAGCCACCGUACAGCUACGCACAGCUGAUAGUGCAAGCAAUCUCGGCGUCACCGGAAAAGCAGCUCACGUUGUCCGGCAUCUACUCGUUCAUAUCGAAAAACUACCCCUACUACCGGACAGGGGCCAACAAGGGCUGGCAGAAUUCGAUCCGCCACAAUCUCAGCUUGAAUCGAUACUUCAUCAAGGUGCCACGAUCACAGGACGAACCGGGCAAGGGUAGCUUCUGGCGGAUAGACCCGUCGAGUGAGCUGAAGCUGAUCGACCAGAGCUACCGCAAGCGACGCCAGCGGGGAUCUCAGUGCUUCCGGACGCCGUUCGGUAUGCCCCGGUCGGCGCCGGUUUCGCCCAGCUACAUGGACAACAACUCGCGGGAGGGUUCGCCCGUUAACGACGAGCUGAUGCUGUCGGCGCCCGGCUCGCCCGGUCAGAACAACAGCGGCAACGUCAGCUACAGUUCGGCCAAUCAUGAUGGUUCUCAGCACUCAUCCUACCAGAAUCAGUAUAACGCUUACGCCAGCGGAGGUGCCGAGCACAGUGUCGAAGUGUACGACGAAGACGAUCAGGUCGAGUACGAUAGCGAUGAGUACGACGCCCCAACGGCAGUCAAACGCCAAAAGAUCUAAUGCAGCAGCACGCCAUCGUCAGCAGCCUCUCAUUCUCACCAAGGUAUGGCUAAAACUCAUCCACUGAGUAUGAGAAACGUCUCAACCGUUGAAAAAACUGAGGAAACGCAUUCAUACACAAUUGAAGAGAAACAAAACCAAUUGCACAUAGAGGAGGAAAUCGUCAACUUCAACUAACUGUUACUCAGAAAAACACUACGUCACCAACACUAACACAUCCACAAUACACAUACAAACACACAACCACAAUUUUAACGUUCUUGAUGGUCUUAUCUGCGUUCGUUGUCGGUUUGUGAAACCACCUGCAUCUUAAAGAUAAAAAUCUGAAUGAAACACAAAACUUUUUCCCCCCGUUUAUCAGUGUAAGCACACGGAAGAGAACGAGAUUCACCUCGAGUGAUGUUUUACUACUGGAGGAAAUCUUUUACGAACAGUAACAUUAUUGCACACAUUUUCAGUCACUAGAACGAAGAAAAAAAGCGAUCAGGAACUCCAAUCCUGACUGCAUUCAUCCAUUGUUUCACGAGAGAUAGAGGAGAAUCAUUCUUUACUAAGAAAGGUGGCAAACCGGUUUCUUACCGGUUUACCACGCACUAAUCGUGUGGCGCGCAGACAAGUGAAUCCAAAAUAUUACAAUUUAUAUAAUCUAUGGUUAAUAUAAAGAGAGAAAAAAAGCAAAAAUGGAAAAUCCGAUAAGGAAGUACAUUUAAAAUUCUAGUUAUUAAUGAAUGUGAGCAAGAAAAUCUAUACAAAUUUAAAGGUAAACUAAUUUAAAUGCAAACAAAACCAAGUAAAUGAGAUAAACAAGUAUUUAGUGUUUAGUAAAAUGUCUCUUUUAUUAAAUAUGAAAAAAAAAUCGUAAAACACCCCAACAAAACACAUACCGAAAGAGUAGGAAAAAAAAACAGACCGAAAAACCGGUGGAGAGCCAGCGACGUAGUUGCGAUUCUUGCGCGCAUGGAUGGUUCCAAUCUAUGCCAAGCUGGAAUUGCGGAACCGAAUUUGGAAUCCACCAGUGCAGUGCAAAGAAGAUCAACGCCGAGGCAGGAAAACAAAAAAAUAGCAAAAAUCACGUAGCAGAAAACAAAUGAAGAAGUAGCUGGUAAGGAUGGAAGAAAAGAAAAAAGAGAAAAAUCCACACACGAAAUCAAUCAAAUUGAUUAAAACUACACAACUAUUAUUACUCAAAAACGCAAAAUCGUCCGCGAGCGAGCGAACUAUAACACGAUGUCUGGCGCUGUCCUGGCUUCCUAUGGAUGUGGCAGCGACCCUGUUUGGCAUGCAAAGCGCUCGCACGCGAAAAACGGGACCCUCUGCGCUGAUUGCUCGGGCGGACGGUAGGUACAUUUAUUGUGUAAUGGAAAGAUGUAUGA